AUGUACUAUUAUAUCCGCCUGCUAAAGAACACGCCGCUUGAGGCCGUGAUUCAAGAGCCCUUCAAGAUGGUCUUCACAAUCACCACGGACCUCACAGAAAAGUUCUACGAGUCCCCUUGCAAGCUCCGUUGCCAAACCGUCGUCCGCACCCCCUCCACCGCCCCCGGCGCCACCCCCGACGACACCAUCAUGACUGUUAUGCCCCAGGGUCUCUCUCAAGGAUACUCGCUCGACUAUGACCCCAAGAUUGGUUACUGCUCCGUCGACCUCCGUAUGGCCCCCUGUAUGACCAUCUAUGACGAGUGCCAGGUAGUCCUCUCCCUCGACCCUGCUCCUUAUACCUCCAACAACGGGAAAGCUCUUAUCGCCCCACCAGAAUACGAGAUCCUCCCAGCCUGGUCGCUCCCGAUCCACCUCAAGCCUGCGCCAUUGAACUUCUCGAAAAGGACCAAACAUCGCAAGGUCAACAGGAAGUAUCUGAUCGAUACCCGACAGGACCUGGUGGAGCGUUAUUUCAAGUUGCCCCCGCAUUUGACGGGAGUUCAUGGACCCGGUCGGUCGCUUUUGGUGCGUGAGGAUGCGAAUGAGGGGUUUAUGGCUCGUCAUAUUUGGGACUCGGGAGUGUUUAUGACAAAGCACUUGAUGUUGCCCGACUCUUGGCUCAGCAAGUAUAUGAGGGAGCAGGAUAAGAAGGCGUUGGAGGCUUCGAUGGCAGAGUUGAGCGUUGCAGAGUCAACAGGAGCAGGAGCAGUAUCAACGGAAUCAACAACAGCAACAACAGUAACGUCAAUACGCCCAAAGAAGAGAGUUUGCUUGGAACUCGGUGCAGGAACUGGCCUCGUCGGCAUCGCCGUCGCAGCAGCAUUCCCCGAAUUGAGCGUUCUCUCCACAGAUCUCGACGAAGCUCUGGCUUUGAUGCAACAGAACGUCGACGCCAACAGGGCCCUCCUUCCCCAGAACAACAUGGAGGUCGGCUUCCUGGACUGGGCUGAGAAGGAUCGUCAGUGCGAACCCGUCGAGAUCUUGUUGCUGGCAGAUGUUGUGUAUAACGACUUGUCACAUGAGUUCUUGUUGCAGACGGUGCUGGAUUAUAGUGAUGAGCGGACCAAGGUGCUGUUGGGGUACAAGUUCCGUCACGAAGCUGAGCAGCAGUUCUUUGAGCGGGCGAAAGAACACUUUGAGAUUGAGUUGGUCCAUGAGCAGGAUACUAUGCAACUUUUUGUUCUUACCCGCAAGCUUUCAUCUGUUCCUGUCACAUCAGCACAGCUACACCCAUUGCCCAAGGAACAAAAGGCCAACCAACAGGAAUCGCGGCCCAAAUACAUCUCUGCCAUGUCAAAACCACAACAACCGUCACCGCCGCCCAUGUCAAACCGCCAACGCAAGAUCAUGGAGCGGCAAGCCGAAAAAAACCGCCUCGCCGCCGCCGCAAAACGUUCUUCCUCCACCUCUUCCCCAAACCCCAAUUCCCCCAACAACCCCUCGGGAGAGAACACAAGCGCACGCACCCCAUUCCGGGAAGCAGAGCUCCAAUUUCUGGCCCGCCAUCCCGUACCUGACUUUUCGCUGGCCUUGGAUUUCCGGCUGCCGGCGGAGGAGUUGUUGAGGAGGUACCCCAAAGUGAGGAGGGCGAGAUUGAACGGUGGGAGGUCGUUGAGUCAGUUCUCAGAAUUAUUUGGAUUCAAGGAGACCAAGGAUGGUCAGGACCAGGAGGAGGAGGAGUACGCCUAUUUGCAUGAGGAUCAUCCAGGCCUAAUCUAUAUCCCAGCCGCAUUCACGCCAGCAGCACAACGGACACUGAUCAAGGGAUGCCUCAAGGAAUACUCUCGCCACCCCAACAAAUCCAGCCUCGACACCCACUACAAGGUCCCCUCCUCUGGACUCUGGGACCUCCACGAAAAUGUAUACCUCAAGAAGCAAUCCCCAGACGACCCAGCUGUGUUUGUGCCCCGGAAGGCGGAUGUUGAUAAUCAGGCCAAUGGAUAUGGAUCUGAUGAUGACGACGACGAUGAUGAUCAGGAUGGCGAGCAGGAUGCAAACGGAAAUGGGAAGAAGCAAGAGACCGGCCCACGCCCCAAACCUCAAUCCCAACAACCAGCAGCCAAGAAAUCCAAGCCCUCCAACCCACCACAACGUCGAGCAAUGGUCCCCAUCACCAACGAAACCCCCACCGUCCCCGACAACGUCCCCAAAAUCGACCCCGAACCGUCCUCCCAAGUCCCCAUCCUCCCGCCCUCACAACUGAUCCGCAAGAUGCGCUGGAUUACUUUGGGAUACCAGUACCAUUGGCCCUCCAAGACCUAUCAUUUUGACCAGAAUGCGCCAUUUCCAAAGGAGUUAUGCGUUCUCUCUAAAGCUGUUGUUGCGGCUGUUGAUAAUGAUGGUGAGAAGGGGGAGUUCCCGUACCCAUACCCGGCGGAGGAUUUCGUGGCAGAGGCCGGCGUUAUUAAUUAUUAUCAACUCAAGGAUCGGUUGAUGGGGCAUGUGGAUCGUAGCGAGCUGAACAAACAUGCUCCCCUCGUCUCCUUCAGCUUCGGGCACUCGUGUAUCUAUCUGUUGGGCGGCCCUACACGCGAACAGUCUCCUACCCCAAUCCUCCUCCAAAGUGGGGACAUCCUCGUCAUGACCGGACCCUGUCGCUCCGCCUUCCACGGAGUACCAAGGAUUAUCGAGGAUACCUUACCAGGAUACCUUCAACAAGACCUUACAGACCCGGAAUGGGAUAUCUAUGCGGAUUACCUGGCCGAAGCCAGGAUUAACCUCAAUAUCCGUCAAGUAUACCCACCAAAGUCUAGUACCACUACCACUGCCACCUCUACAUCUGAUCCAAUUGUUACCACCACCACCACUACCACCACUGCCCUUGAUACUCCAGCCGAAUAA